AGUCUGGGGACUGUCAGGCCCUGGGGCCUUGCCUCGGGUCGGGGAAGGGGAGGCAUAUGGUCCUGGUUGUAUUCUCUGAGGUCUCUGGAACACCAGCCAGGGUCCUCCUAAAGGCGAGUUCACAUCUCUGACAGGUGUCACCGUGUCCCAGCCUUGGGAGCCAGCCAGCCAGUUUGGAAGAAGCACCAUCUCAUUUGUCUCUCAAGAGGGUUCUUUUCCAGUCCCGGUCUGCUCCUGCUGCUCAUCAGCUGCCUGCGCGCUGAGAGUGAAGUCAAGGAGAUCCACGCGAUGGUGGGCAGCGAUGUGAAGCUCCGCUGUGUCUACCCCAACACAAGCCAUUUCAACGUGAAUGAUCUGUAUGUCUAUUGGCAAAUCGAGAGCACCACAACCGCAGUGACUUACCACCUACCUAAUGGGUCUACAAAGGUGUAUGUGGGCAACCAGUACAAGAACCGGGCCAAUCUGUCACUGGAUCGCAUGAAGGAGGGUGACUUCUCUCUGUCCCUGCAGAAUGUCACCCCCAAUGACUCCCAGGAGUUCACGUGCCUUGUAUUUAAGUCUGAAGAUUUAAGUAAUGUCUUAAAAGAGACAGUGAGGCUGCAUGUGGCAGCAAACUUUAGCACGCCUGUGAUCAGCACUUCUGGUAACCCCACCUCAGGGCAGGAACUCACCUUCACCUGCAUGUCCACGAAUGGCUACCCCAAGCCCAACCUGUACUGGAUCAACAGGACGGACAACAGCCUCAUAGCUGAGACUCUGCAGAAUAACACUGUCUACUUGAACGAACUGGGCCUGUAUGAUGUGGUCAGCACCUUGCGGAUCCCGUGGACGGCCCAUGUGAACGUUAGCUGUUCUAUAGAGAAUGUGGUUCUCCACCAGAAUCUCACCAGCAUCAGCCAGGCAGAAAAUUACUCUGGAAACAAUUACAAGAUCACAGAGGAUCCACAGGAGAACCACAGCCAGAAGAAAACUGUGGCCAUUUUCAUCAUCCUUGCUGUACUACUGGUGGCAGGGGUCGUUUUCGCCUGGGUUUGCAGAAGCAGGUGUCCCUGCAGACAAUAUAAAGGUCCCUGGACUGUAGAGCAGGAACCCACAGACCAUGCCUGACAGGACUCCGCCCAGGAUGUAGACGGGGCUUCUGUGAGAUGCCACCAGGUAGAUGUUGGAUGUGUCCUCAGAACUGACUCCCACAGGCCUGGUGGCAGAAGGGGACAAUGAGCUGUCUGCUUAUUUGCUGUGAUGGAGGGCAGGAGUCCCUGGCCUUGAGAGGCACAGAGGACUGAUCUCAGAAACCCCGAGGGAAACCUUUCCAGUGGGCAGCAGCCACAUCAGAAUACGGAGCCCCCAGUGCGUGGCUCCCAACCAGCAGACAUCAGCACAGAGAGAAGGCAUUUGUGGGGAGGUCCUUCCCCAGCCGGAGCCCCAGAGCACGUGACUCAGCCCCUGAUUCUUCCAAAAAGGGCAUCUGAGCCAUUCUGAAAGCACCUACAAAAUCCACUGGUGACCAUUUCCCUUCAGGACUUUCAGGAGGGGAGAAAGCCCGACCUUAUUUAUUUUGGUCUCAAUCUACUUGGGCCUCCUGGAGGAUGUGUGGGGUUUUUGUCUACAGAGAACCUGCUGUUGGUGAUAAUGGCUGAUUUAGAGGUUUGGGGUCCUUGGCCUUGCAGCAUCAAAGGGACAUGGCUCAAAGCAAAACAUGUGCCACCCAUGGGUGCUGCUCACUCAUCAUCGAAGGCCCUUGAGCCUGACUAGCCUGUGGAUACAGAAGCUUCCUGAAAACUUCUAGCUUUUCCAGACUGAACACAAAGCUGGGGGAGAUCAGCUCCACUCACCCAGCCUCAGCAGCCCAUGAAGACCUAUGAAGACUCCCGCCACUCUUGGAGCCACCAGACCCAGCAGCUGGCCACAGCCUCCAGGGUCUCUAUGUUGCUGGCCAGAACAGAGCUAGCCAUUUUGGUUCUAGAUGGUUCCGAAGAGUUGGCUGCUGGGUAAGCUAGGUGUGCACAGGCCCCAGGGAGAUGCAGUAGAGGCAUGACCCCCAGUGGGACACAGCAUCUGACCCUACUUGUGGGCAAACACUCUCCCUCCUUCCUACCCAGAGACCGGAAAGUCCUGGGCGGUAAGGGCCUGCUUGCUAUAUGGCCACUGCUCAGUGCUGACGGAUGUGAGAUCUGAGGCCUGGAUGGAGCAGGACUGAGUGAGAACCUCGAGGAUCGCUAUUAUGAGGGCCUGGCUAUGUCUCUGUGCAGACUCCUCACAUGGACUUAUUUAUUAAAUGAGUGUAGAGGCCCAUUUCUUCCUGCAGAGCAUUACAUAUCUGUAAAAAAAAGCAAUUGUCAGUGUGGGUCUUGAGUUGGCAGCUACAGUAAGGAAGCACAAGGAGCCUGGGGUGCAAGAAGCUGGGGUACAGUGCUUCCAGGAGAGUUGUUUGGGAAUUAGUGUCUAUCCAAGUUCAAGGACACAGCCAUGCCCCAAGAGUCUGGGGGUGGGGGUCUGUGGUAGCCCAGCAGGGAGACCAGUCUACUUUCACUUUUCUGUCAGAAGGUAGUUUUGGUUAGAAAGUGAUCAACCCUGCAGCUCAGCUGCCUCGGGGCACCAAAGACACUGUUUCCAACACUUAUGUGGGCACUGGGAACCCUCACCAUCUAGGCUUCUAUGGGCUCUGCCUAGACCUUGGGCUGCUGCUUCUACAGUUGUCAUCGCCUGCUGAUCCCAGCAGCCCUCCACCUUCCUAUGGACCCCUAGGCGUACCCCCCAGCACAUCAGCAUUCAUGAGACCUGCCUGUACCUUCUGCCUCCUUCAGCCCAGAACCUUGCCUGCGUUCUUUAUCUGGGCUGUAGACGGGGCUGGCUUUCAAUGGUCUUCUAGUGAUUUCCAGAACUCUGACAAGGGAAUAAAUACAAGAUGUGCUUUCUGCCUUGUGUCUGGUGGCUUGUGUCAUGUGGAGAGUCUGGCUCCA